AUGGGCAUGAAUGCUGCCGAGACGUUUGUCCAAUUGAUUCAAUAUUCCAUUGGUGUCCUCAUUAUCACAAUCGCCGCCAAUGCACUCUGGCAACAGAUCCCCCGCGAAAAGUCGGAGCCCCCAUUGGUCUUCCACUUCCUACCCUUUGUCGGAAAUGCAAUCUCUUACGGCACAGAUCCAGUAAAGUUCUACGAAUCGUGUCGCCAAAAACAUGGCGACAUUUUCACUUUUAUUCUAUUCGGAAGGAAGAUGACAGUUUGCCUCGGUACUGAAGGCAAUGAACUCAUACUCAACGGCAAACUACAAGAUGUCAAUGCUGAAGAAAUCUACUCGCCACUGACGACGCCAGUGUUUGGAAAAGACAUUAUCUACGACUGUCCAAACUCUAAACUUAUGGAGCAGAAGAAAUUCGUUAAAUUUGGAUUGACGCAAGCCGCUCUGGAGUCGUACGUGCCUUUGAUCGAACAAGAGGUCCUGGCGCACCUCAAGUCGGAAUUCAAAGGCACUUCAGGUCGGGUCAAUGUGUCAGCAGUCAUGUCUGAAAUCACCCUCUUCACAGCAAGCCGUGCCCUCCAGGGAAGUGAAGUUCGAAGAAAGCUCUCUGCCGAAUUUGCCGAAUACUAUCACGACCUCGACAAUGGCUUCAAGCCGAUAAACUUUCUGAUUCCGUGGGCGCCGCUCCCUCACAAUCGACGACGCGACGCCGCCCGCGAAAAGAUGUGUGGCGUCUACAUGGACAUCAUCAACGGCCGGCGCGAGGCUCAAGCCGCUGGGGAAAAACCAAUCGAACACGACAUGAUCUCCCAUCUGAUGAGCUGUGUCUACAAGAACGGUGUCUCCGUGCCGGACCAGGAAGUUGCCGACAUGAUGAUCACAAUGCUCAUGGGCGGCCAGCACUCAUCUUCCUCUGCCAGCGCUUGGAUCAUGCUCCGCCUGGCCGCUCACCCCGACAUACUCGAAGAAGUAUACCAGGAACAACUACAACAGCUCGGCCCCGAUACGUCGAGCCACCUCCAGUAUGCCGACCUUGAAAAGCUUCCCCUCCUCAACAAUGUCGUCAAGGAGACGCUCCGGGUGCACUCGUCCAUCCAUUCGAUUAUGCGCAAGGUCAAGAAUCCCAUAGCCGUGCCUGACACUGACUAUGUCAUUACCACCGACAAGGUCCUGGUGGCGUCGCCCAUCAUGACGCAUCUUAGUCAAGGCUACUUUUCGAGAGCCGACAUUUGGGAUCCGCACCGGUGGGACGCCGGGCAGUCAAAGGUUGAAGAGGAGGCAGAAGAGGACAUUGUAGAUUAUGGAUACGGGGCCACGAACAAGGGAACCAGAAGUCCCUAUCUGCCUUUUGGUGCCGGUCGCCAUCGGUGCAUUGGAGAAAAGUUUGCCUAUGUCAAUCUCGUCACCAUCAUUUUGACUCUGGUGCGCAACUUGAAGCUCGGCACGAUUGAUGGGAAAUCGACCGUGCCGGCGACAGACUAUUCUUCCUUGUUCUCCCGGCCGCCAUUGACGGCCGAGAUCCGCUAUGAGUUGCGCGUUUGA